UCCUUUGGUUUGUAAAAGUUUUUAUCUAGUGUGAAAUGUUUUAUCUAGUGACAGUAUGCUCACCUAAUCAUUCUGUUGCAUUUUGUUGUUUUGUUUACAUAAAGGAAAACUAGCUAACUGUAAUUUAGAGGGAAAAAUAUUACCAAUUAAAAAAAUCUUUAGUACCCUGCUUCUGCGAUGUAUUAUACUUCCGGUCGCAGAGGGAUUUGUUUACUAAAAUGGACGCUAUGAGAGCUUACACACUGGACUGUUUCCCUGAAAAUAUUUUAAUUGAUAUUUUAUCCUAUUUAAAUGUACAAGAACUCAUUCGCAAUGGAAGAGUGUGUAAGCGUUGGAGAGCUUUAAUAAAAGACCAGAGACUCUGGAGAACUGUGGACCUUUCCACAUGGAAACGGGUGACCUCGCGGGUGCUCUGGACAUUAUUGCGGAAGUAUCUGGGACGCGGUGUAUGUUCUCUACACCUGCGCGGGUUGCUGCAGAGUGCACGUGGAGGGUCGUUCCUCUCAGAGCCGUGGCUGCAGACCUUGAGCUCGAAAUGCCCUCGACUCCGCAGACUUACUCUUACUCACACGGACCUGCGAGGCGUGCACAGCUGCUCCUUAUUACCUCCUAGCUUACAGGUGUUAGAACUGCGCAGCUGCGAACUUUCACCUGGCUUUUUUACCCAGAAUCCCUUGAAGCUGGUGCAAACUGUCCAGAAAGGCUCAGGGAAAGAAUCUCAGACCACUUCUUCUUCCUGUAGUUGUGUUAUCGGAGCACUAAUUCUGGACAACGUGCCAUCAUUCACGGACCAGCACCUAAAGAGUCUGAGCUCGUGGGAGCACCUGCAGCGUCUGGAGCUGCGCGAUGUGCUACGUGUGACGGUGGCAGGACUGAAGGGCUGUGCUCCGCCUGGCCCACACGCACUGAAACACCUCACACACCUGGAGCUGGAGGGGUUCAGCCGGCACCAGAUGGCAGCGCUGGGCCUGGCUGAGGGUUGGGCAGGGCUGGAACAUCUAACGCUCGGAGGGCGAGAGGUUGCGCCCGGUCUGCUCUGCCUCAACCGCCUGGUUGGGCUGCACUGCCUGCGCCUGCGUGGCUGCAGACUUACAGAGACAUUGGUUCUGCGCAGCUGCGGCACACUGAAGGAGCUGUGCAUGCUAGAGUUCUUGCAGGUGGAGUUUGCAGUAGAGGCAGAGAGAAAAGACAGAGAUGAAAGGAGUGAAAAUGACCCAAUGCCUGGACUCAGACAAGCACUGUCCAACCUGCUGCCCAAGUGCAGUGUGCUGUUCACGCAGUGUACCAUUAUAGUUGGUGCAGACUGACACAUAGGGUUGGGUGAUAUGGUAAUUAUUACACUUGUUGUAACCAGUGCAGUGGAUUUAAAUUGAUCAGACAAAGUCUAUUAAUAAACAACAAUACACUAACAUCUGCCUAGCAACAAGUAGCCAAUUGGAUGCUAGAUGUAUUUAGACCAAUCACAGAAACCAGUGCCAUACAGUCAAAUUUGCCUAGCAACAAUUAGCCAAUCGGAUGCUAGCAACUCAUGCCAUUUAUACAUAUAUAUAUAUAUAUAUAUAUAUAUAUAUAUAUAUAUAUAUAUAUAUAGAGAGAGAGAGAGAGAGAGAGAGAGAGAGAGAGAGAGCAGUUUUUGCUUUUCAGGAAUAAGUUUCUUUAGAGAAGAGUAUUUUGGUGAUUGUUGAAUGAAUUGCUCAUAGGUUUUUUAACAUUAAACAUUUUCUUGUGUGUUGCAUCUCUUCCAGCUUGUUAGCAACGCUCAGAAGAAACAAAAUACCCAUAUUAAGUAUCCUGAAAAUGUACUGUAAUAAAAGUGAAAGUUGUUUCACAACUUACUGUAUUGUUUCUUUAGUUUGGAACUGUUGUAUACUGUAUUAAUAAAUUUAAUGACUUUUAAACCUCAUGCUUACAUCACACAAAGAGUUUUAUAGUAUAAAAUAUAUUGUGUAAAAUGCUGUUGUGUUUUUAAAUGAUUUAAUGAAUUUUAAUUAUUGUACUCACUUGAGAAUAAAGUGAUGGAGUCAGAACA